GUGUGUGUGUGUGUGUGUGUGUAGAAUGCAAUUUUGAGAAAACUAACCUCAAUCUCCAUAAUAUUUUCAUACUCGAAAUCUUCAGUUAUCUGUUUUUUUUUUUGCUUUGCUCUGUUUAGCUUUAUGUGAAUUAUUUCUUAAUUCUCUGUAAUCUUGUAUAAUGCUGAAGAUAUAAUUGUGAUAAUAAGUUUUAAAUCACAAGAUGCAGUACAUUAAUCGUCUUAGCCAAAAAAUUGGCCAGUUCAGCGUUUCUUUUUUAAACAGGAAUUAUCAUAAUCCAUCGGUCAAGGUUAAUAGAGAAGGGAAGAUUUGGAGAAGAACGCAUAAACUUCCAGCUCACAUCAAUCAAACUAAAUCAUUGAUGGAAGGUGCCGACUUCAGAUACGUCGAUAACCGUCCCACUCCUUAUGGGUCCAGAGAGUAUAGGAGGAUGCUCAAUCAAAGAGAAAUAGCUACUCAGGUUGUUCGACUUCUGGAAGAAAUGAAUUAUGCUGAAAGUAGAUGGAAAAACAUGGAGAUUGAGAAAGAAAACGAAAAGAAGAAUAUUCUUGAUCGAAAGUUGAAACCGAAGGGAGGAGUGGUUCCUUCCAAAGAAUCAGACGUUGAUGUGUGAGUGGACAAGUAGAAAAUCUAAAUGUAUUUAUAGGUCUUAUUACUGUAGAUAGGUUUUUACUGUUUUUGUUGUAUAUUAUGUAAUAAAUUGUUCUAUUAAGGAAAAUUAUUUUUUAUUCUUCAAAACUGUAUUUUGUAUAUGACGUUGAGCAUGCAUUUUUGAAAAAGUGCCCCAUAUCGAUAAAGCAAUUUCUAUUCAGUGUUGGAGCAGUGACCCAAAACUUUAUCAGCUCGUUAAAACCAAAAUCAUUCAUUUAUCGUAUUGGAUCGAAAUACAAAAAUUUGAUUAACAAGGGUACUUAGAAUCUUGUUUCCGUACACCUAAAUGAGAGCUGAGAAUAAUGAGCUGCAGUUUAAAAAUAAACCUCACAAAAUUUAUGGGCCUCUUUAAUUUAUGACCAUGAAGGGACCUUACAUGCACUUCUCCAUAAAAAAAGAUUGGAAUUGAGGGCUGCAAACAAUAAAUCUGAUUAAACAACAUGUGAGAAAUUUCAAUGUGAGAACAAUGCAAUUAGUGGUGGAGGUUACAACUAAAAUUUGUUUAAUGCAAGUAAAUAAUAUUUUCUAGCAUGGAUUCGCAGUGUAAAAUCUUUUUUUUAUAAGUUAUAGGCGGCUACAUGAUAAUGACAUUUUAUAAUUGAAUUUCUAAUACUCAAAUUAUGACACAAAGUAAAGCUGAGGAGAGUAUGCCUUUCUGUGAAUAAGAUAAGAGUAAAAUACCGAAAAAUUCUAAAAUAAACAAAAUUUUCAAGUACGCAAAACAGGUUUUUAAUUUCAACAUUAAUUUUCAUUCAAUUUUUUGUGUAAUAGCUUUUUCGAGUUUUUCAAUAAAAAAUUCAUUGAUAAGACUAUGGGCAAUACCUUCAAACAAUAAAAACCAAAUUCAGUAAUGCAGGCUUUCUUUAUUUCUUAGAUUUUUACAUGUCUGUACAUAGGCCAUUGACCAUCCUUUUACAUUAUGGAUGGCGUUAACAAAAUACCAAUAAUUGGUGAAUAGCAAAAAAAAAAAAAACAAUAAUUAUUGACUAUGUAUAAAAGGCAUGAUAUAUUCUAAAAUAUUAUAUUAUUCAUAUACAGUAUUGCUAAUUCAAAGAUCACUAUAUUAAUUUUUUAAAUUCAUAUUUAUGUCGAAAUAAACAUUAAAAUCACAAUUUUCCAACAUCGAAAUAAAUUCUUCAAUAAAUUAGAUGUGACUUAACAUAUUCGUAGUUCAGAUGUACAGGCUUGCUAAAUGUAUUCAGUAAUUUCCGAUCGCUAUUCCAAUGAAUUUGAUAGAGAUUUUGAACACAUGAAGAAAUAUAAUUCUUAUUUUCAGAGAAAUAUUAACAUUUUUAAUAAAAGUUACUUGAUACGAUUCCCAUAUAAAUUAUACUAUUACAUUUCAAAAAUACUUAUCAUCUUGGUCAGUUGAAAAUAAAAUAUUUCUUGAUUUUUAGCAGAGAUGCUAUAAAUUAGCAUUUAUAAUGAUAAUGCAAAAUAAAAAACUAAAAAAAUAAUUAUUUCAAUUAUACUUUCUAUGAUUUUCCAUAAUAAUAUUUGUUUUUGUACGUAUAAUCUUCUUUAUACAAUCUUCUCGUAUCUCAUACUAUAGUACAUUAUAUUAUUCAGUAAAAUACAAACAAUCUUCUGAACUGUAUGAUUCCAAUAAAUGAUAUUUAAAAUUGUAAUUGUUCAAUUUAUUAUCAAACUAUAAAAUGUACCAUAAUUCAAACAAGUAUCACAAAUUCUUCAAAAAAAAGAAUGCAAUUUUAGUUUUUAAUUUAAGAUCAAUAUAAAAUAUUCAGACUACAAAAAUAAUCAUCAGAAGAUGAUUGACAAGUAGUAUUUCAUAAAUUUCUCUUAUAAUAUUAAUAUUAUUAAUAAUAAAGAGUUCAGGUAUGGUUGCUGUGCUAUAGUGCUAGUUAUUGCAUUUAUUAAAUUUGAGCAGUUUAAAUUACUCUGGCUAAUGUUACAAUCUCUAAUUCUUAGUUUUUAUAAAAAAAA